CUUUACCUUUAAGUUGUUCUAGUAAUUUCUCUCACGUUAAACUAUUAAAUUAUUAAGAUUUGCUUAUUAAAAUAAUACCCAGGUCAUGAACUUCGAAAAUAACGAACAUUCUGGAGUGAUGCCAGAUUUUUUCUUUCUUCUUUUCCUUUUUAAUAUGAAAUAUUGGGUAUCUUCAGUAUGCGACGUUAUUUCUAUGUAAGUAUAUUCAUUAGAGCAUGUAAAUCAUGUCCCAUGGCUGCUUAUUCUUUCUACAUGAAAAGGAAUGCCGAUUCUUGAUCAUUUUGAUUGCAUCAUUCGAUUAGUAAAUGGUUUCCUCUAGAUUUUGAAAUCUUAUCAAACAUAUUCUGGGGAACCAUAUUAGCUAUGCGCUUUAAUUUGGCCACUAGGUAAAAUACAAAUGCACAUGUUUUGCAAGUUUGUCUUUUGUUUAGCGAUGCGCUUUAAUUUGGCGACUAUAUCAGUGAUGCGCCUUAUUGUGCUUUAGCUUCUGACUAUAAUUAUCUUUAGUGUUCACUUUGUAUCUACCAUCACCUGAUGAGGAAAGCUAAGUUUGUCUUUUGUUUCCAUGUUAACUAGUCUCGGAAAGAAUCUUUAUUCUCUGCCUUUCACUUUUCCUUCCAUAAUAUAUGCAGCUCUUGAGUUUCUCUCCCUCUUGUUAGUGCAGGUUCAAAAGCCCACAGCUUCUGAUUGAAUUGAGAGUUUGAGCUUUAAGCAAUCUGGUCUUGCUGACAGAACUGAUACUCUCUGCAUGGCUUUUUCAAGGAUUGCUAGGAAUGGCUUGAGAAGAGCAGGAGGCAACUCUUGUAGUUUUGCAGAGAAGGGUACACUGUGUGAAGGAGGUUUCAAUCAUAAAUGGUUUCACCUUUCCUUAAAAAUGUUACUGCUGGCAACAAUCUAUCUUAAUUUUCCAGCAUCAAGAAGGUAAAUCAUGCCACAUUAUCAGUUUCAUAAUGCAGAGAGGAUACUGGAUGAGUCUGAAAAUGAGAAUGAAGAACCAAGAUAUUCGGGUCUAGAAGCAAUGUUGGAUUUGGAGGGAGAAAAGAAAACUAAGAAAGAGAGAAAGAGUUGCUGGAACAAGAUCUGAUUUUUUUUUUACUUCUUUUUAUAUAUAUUUUCAGCAAUACAAGUCUACAUAUAAAGCAAAAUAUCACAUGGUUUCUACCUCAUCAGCUAAGAGAGCAAUGGAACACCUUACUUAAAAGAUUUGUCUUGCAAGUAAACUUUCACAUCUACUUUUGCAGUUAGAUUUCAGAAUUAAAUACAAACAAAACAUAUGAACUAAAAUCUUGAAAUUUGUAGAAAAUUUGGAGUUUGAAGCUAAAGUAUCAUUUGCUUCAACAAGCAACCAAGCCUGGUGAAGAGCCAAGGGUGGUUGUUCUUGGCACUGGAUGGGCAGCAUGUCCUUUUAUGGAAGGACUUGACACCAAAAUCUAUGAUAUUGUUUGCAUAUCUCCAAGGAAUCACAUGGUCUUCACUCCUUUACUUGCUUCAACUUGGGUUGGGACCCUUGAGUUUUGAUCUGUAACUGAGCCUGUUAAUAGGAUACAAUCUGCAUUGGCAACAAGUCCCAACUCGUACUUUUAUCUGGCUUCCUGUACUGGCAUUGACACAGACAAACAUGAAGCAUAUCUAAAGAAGAGAAGAGCCGCCUCUUACACUGUGUUGUUAUUGGAGGUGGUCCAACAGGGGUGGAGUUUAGUGGUGAAUGAGUGAUUUUAUCAUGAGAGAUGUCCAAGAGCAGUAUUCUCAUGCUAAGGAUCGCAUUAAGGCAAACGAAAUUCUAUCAUCCUUCGAUGUUGACUAAGGCAACAAAUCAUUUGACUAAGUGUGGAGUCCGGCACACGCGAGGUGUAGUGAAAGAGGUGCAUCCCACCAAAUUAGUUCUCAGCGAUGGUGCUGAAGAAGUUCCAUAUCGACUCUUGGUGUGGUCUACUGGUGCUGGUCUAUCACAGUUUGUAAAGUCACUCAAUGUUCCCAAGUCCCCUGGUGGAAGGAUUGGUAUUGAUCAAUGGUUGCGGGUCCCUGCUGUGGAAGAUGUGUUCGCACUUGGAGACUGUGCUGGUUUUCUUGAGCAGACAGGGAGGCCAGUACUUCAAGCUCUGGCUCCGGUCGAACCCUGCAAGUGUUCCAGCAUUCUGAUAUGGUGCCACCUACGGCAUUAGAGCUAAUUAGUUGCAGAAAGGCAAGGGAAGUAUCUAGUGGAGCUGUUUAACAAUAUUGGAAAGCAAAAUGGAGGCAAGGCUUUCAGUGUGAUGUCCCUCUAGGUGAUUUUUUAUCUACAGGCAUCUGGGUAGGCAUGGCAUCUGUAGGCCGUUACAAGGCACUGGUCGAUUUGCGCCAGUCCAAGGUAAGGAUAAAUUGUCUUCGGAGUCUGAAUCUCGAAUCUAGUAAGCUAAACAAGGAACAAAUUAAUACUAUGUUUCAAUUUCCAAUAGAUGAAAACGGGAGGCUUUUUAUAACGGGAGACUUUUAGGGCUUUUUGUCAAUUUAGAACGGGAGAUUUUUUAUUUAUGUAUUUAGAGCUACCAUAAAAAUAUUUAUGGAUGUUGGGUGACAGGUGUUUAAGUAGCGUCCGGCCAUUAAUUUUUUAUUUAUU